AUGUCGAUUUUGGAGUAUUCUGAAGCAUCCACGACGUGGCGAAAAUCAUGGAAAAAUUGCCACAACUGCACACUGUGUCCCUACUUUACAAAUUCGUUUUUCUUGAUGGUAAACCACGUGAGACGACACCGUUCCACUCUAGAAAAAUUCGACUGUGGACACCCAGUUGAAACGUACCAUUGUAAAGACUGCGACUUUAAAACCGAACUAACGAUUUUAUUCAAACAACACAUUAACAAAAAUCACGGUUUUAAAACCGAAUCUAGAGAGGACUUUAACUUAGAAAACUACGUUUGUGACAAGUGCCACUUUGAAACAAAUUUCUCGUUAAAGUGGCUUCGGCAUGCUUUAACUUGCACAAGAAUUGAACAGAAUGCCACUAAUAGUUGCGAUUUCGAGCCACCUAAAGACUUACACUUGUACUAUUACUGCAGUUAUUGUUCCUACAAAUCUAGAACUAAAAAAAAUUUAAAAUUCCACGUGAGAGCUCUCCAUUUAAACGAGCGCUACGCCUGCACCAAGUGUCCAUUUAAAAGUCGAUAUAAAACACCUCUAAAACGACACAUAAAUGAAAACCAUUUCGUUGAAAAAUGGUACGAGUGUGACAAAUGCCCAUUACGAACGAAAUACAAAACAUCUUUGGCGACCCACUUAAUUGUAAAACACUCAGAUGAUGAGAAAAUUAAGUGGUACGAAUGCGAACAGUGUCCUUUCAGAGCCAAAUUUCGCCAUAAAUUGAAGACGCACAUGAAACGUGAACAUUCAAAAAUUCCGAAUUGGUUUGAAUGUGGGAAAUGUUCAUACAAAACUAAAACGAAGCCGAAUUUAGACAGUCAUUUACGGGUGCAUUUGGAAACCAAACCCUAUCAGUGCGAAUAUUGUCCAUUUAAAACGAAAUACGGUGGCAGCUUAGCCGAUCAUAAAAAUAACUGUCAUUUGGAUGGAACUGGCGCUAAAUGGUUCGAGUGCGAACACUGCACCUACAAAAGCAAAAGUCGGUCAGCGCUUUAUAAACACAGAAAGAAACAUGUGUAG